CGCCCGCCGGGGCGCCGCCGGCCCGGGCCGCCGCUGCCAGUGACGGGGAGCUCCGGAGGGGAAAUGCAUCCUGAAUGGGGCUGAGGCCCCCUGCUCGGGAAUAUGCAGCCUCGGCACCGCGGGGGCAGCACCAGGGCAGCGGCCGGAGCGCGGCGGGAUGGUGGCAACCUUCAAGAUCGCCGUGCUGGGAGCCCAGGGCGUGGGCAAGAGCGCCAUAGUCCGGCAGUUCCUGUACAACGAGUUCAGCGAGGUCUGCGUGCCCACCACGGCCCGCCGCGUCUACCUGCCCGCCGUGGUCAUGAACGGCCACGUGCACGACCUGCAGAUCAUGGACUUUCCCCCCAUCACCGCCUUCCCUGUCAACACCCUGCAGGAGUGGGCAGACGUGUGUUGCAGGGGGCUCCGGAGUGUCCAUGCCUACAUCCUGGUCUAUGACAUCUGUUGCUUUGACAGCUUCGAGUACAUCAAAACCAUCCGCCAGCAGAUCCUGGAAACAAGGGUCAUCGGCACCUCGGAGACGCCCAUCAUCAUCGUGGGCAACAAGCGGGACCUGCAGCGGGGCCGGGUCAUCCCGCGCUGGAACGUCUCCAACCUGGUGAAAAAGACGUGGAAGUGCGGCUACAUCGAGUGCUCGGCCAAGUACAACUGGCACAUCCUGCUGCUCUUCAGCGAGCUCCUCAAGAGCGUGGGCUGCGCCCGCUGUAAGCACGUCCACACCACCAUCCGCUUCCAGGGCGCGCUGCGCAGGAACCGCUGCACCAUCAUGUGAGACCCCUGCCCCGGGACCCCCCAAACCCGGGCAUGGUUCUGCUGCACCACCAUGUGAGCCCUCCCUGCCCAGGGAGCCCGGGGCUGCCCAAACUCGGGGAUGGUUCUGCUCCCCGGGUGGUGGGAGCUGUGCUGGGGGCACCUCCGGGCUUGCUGAGGUGACAUUUGGGGACGGGGCACCUUGGGCAGGGUGUGCAGGGGGAUAGUGAGGGGUGAGGGAUGGCCCUGAGCUCUCUGCAAGCCUCCAGAGCUUGAGGCCAAAGCCAUCCCAGGGUCACUGGAGGGUGGAGGAGGUGCCCAAAUUUUUGGCUGUCACUUCAUUCUUGGCAGUUCCUGCCCUGGCAGCACAGGGGCAAUGCCUGGUGCUGCCUGCCUGCCAUCACCUGCUCCUGGAAGGGAAUUAUCCAGCACCUGUAUCCUGCUGUUCUGGGGCUGGUUCUGUCUCUGGGGCACAGGGAAACAGGAGUUCUGCUUUUCCCCUUGUGGAGCUGGGGUCUCUCCCUGUGGAGGGCAGAGCAGCCAGGUUACAUGGGCUGCUCUUGGCUCAGUCAGGUCAGAUUUCCAGGUGGAAUUUCUGGAUGAAAGCAAGAAAGGGGGAAAAAAAAUAAACCUCAAUCCUGCUCCUGACAUCCCCAGAGGCUGGAUUCUGCCCUCCCAGUGCUCUGAGCUCCCCUCUGCCCUGGCACAGCCCCAGCACAGGAAGGCUUCUCCUCAGCCCAGCCUGUGAGCACCAAAUAAUCUGGGAACACUCCUUGCCGGGCAGGUCACCCCUCUGCUACCUCUCGUCCUGGGCUCAGCAGGUGACCAGCCUUGCACGGCUUCACCCCACCCCCGGGGUGUCCUGGGCAGGUGGGCAGCCCCCUUGUGCCCCCUGUGCCCCCUGUGUCCCUGGCAGUGCCACCAGGUCCCACCCGCCGGGUUUUCCCACAGGGAUGUUGCCUCGGCAGCAAAAAGGAGCUGGAGCAGCACUUGCAGCUGCAUUCUUGGUUGGUUUUUAUUUUUCUCUCUGCAUAUCCUUAAUAGGAAAGUGAGCCCCCCAUGUUGGGUUAGUUUUUUUUUUUUUUUCUUAAAUUAUUUUUUGAUCUUCUGGUUUGUGUUUGCACCAAAGCUGCAGCUCAACUGCAUCCUGCCCUGCAGGUUGGGUUGGCAAAGGGCAGCCCCUGUUAGGGAAUGAUGAUGGGGUGGUGAAGGGAGAGCAAGAGGCCAAGAGGGUUGUGGUUUCUCCAUGGCUGGUCCCUGUGAGACACAGGGAAACACCAUCCUCACCUGCUGAGGCAGGAUCUGUGUCUGAUCCAUCCUCCAGCAAAACCAUCUCUGUGAUUCCUGCUGUCACAAGGAGCUGGAGGGGUUCAGCCCUGCCCUGGGCAGCAAAACAGGACACCCAGCCCUCUCUGACACCACAGCCAGGUGUCCAUGGCCCAGCAGCUCCACUGUGCUCUUGGAAUUGCUUCCCAUUAAAGGCAGCUCCAGCUGAGCUCCAGUGCCUCUCACUGCCCCAUCCCUGUGCCAGGGCUGGGGGUACAUCCUGCUCCUCCCUCCCUGCUUGGGGAAUCAAACCCCUUGCUCCAAAAUUUAAAAAAAAAAAAAAAAAAAAAAAAAAGGGAAAAAAUUAGGAAAGGCAACGGGGGGACAGGGAUCCAUCUCAGCCAGGAAGGGCAGUGGCACUUGUCACCAUCCCUUGCCUUCAUGGCAAACCUAGCUCCUCUGUCCAAGCUCAUCCUGUCAGGAUUAAACAACACAUUUAAGUCCACUUAUGGAUCUCUGGCUUGAGCUUUAUCCCUCCAAAUUGUCUGAGAAGGAAAUUCCUUGGUAAAUGCUAAUAAUAAAGCAUUUAUAAAGUGCUCACACGUACACAUAUCAACGACUAAGCCAAUACAUUGUUUGUUAUAACCCUGUAGCCUGCAGUUUAUAGCACAAUUAGUUACAGGUUUUUAUAGCAUCUAUUUAGUAUUUUGAAGAAAAAAAAAAGAAAAAAAAAGGUUAUAAAUAUAAUUGUUAUAUUCUAUUGUACUUUAUAGACAGAGGAAGUUAUAUUAGUAAUAAUAACAACUCUCACUGCUUUGACAGCAUUUCCCAGCUCCCGGGAAAACGAGAGGGCUACAAAGAGAUCCUCUCCCCAGAGCCCAGGAAGGGGUAGGUGGUGGUGGUGGCACCCUGGGUGCAGGCAGGGAACCCCAGGCAGGAAGAUCCCAGGUGUCCAGGCACAGGGAUUGGAGCACAGCAGCAGUCACGAGCACCCCAUGGCCCUACUCACACCUUACUACAGAUUUACCACUCACCCAGCGCCACCCUGGUCCUGCUGAGAGCAGCCCAGGCUGGCAUGGCCCCACUGCUGUGCCCAGGGCAGUGCCAAGUCUCUGCCCCCAUGCUCUUGCAGGUGAUGCCUGGGUUCGGUUCAGCCCCACCAAGGAUGCUCCCCUCUCCCUCUCCUCCUCCUCCUGCCCCACUGAGCAUCCCAGUUGCCUGGACUUGGCUUCCCUCUCCCCCCUGGACUCCUUGUUGGAGAUUCCCGAGGUGUCUACACUGCCUGUGAUGCCCUGCACCUCCUUCUUUGAAAUUGAAUUAAAAAUCAGGUCUGUCCCCUUGUUCUGUA